UAAAGAGAGAGAGGGUUCGGGAGAGAAGAAGAGACGGCGGCGAAUAGCUUUUACUCUACUGCUGCAGUGGCAGUAAAACAAACCCUUAGAUCAGAAUGGCUCGCUCUCUUUCGAACGCAAAUCUUCUAUCAGCUCUGGUCGAUGGCGCCUCAGUAUCAAUCACCAGACGAGGCUACGCUGCAGCAAGUGAGGGUAUCGUAGUGGCAUCGAACAUGGCGAAAGGAAAUGGGUCGAAGGGCAAGGUGAUGAAAGGAGCAGAGGAGAUGAGACCAACCAUGAAAGAAGCAUCGGAAACUAUAUAUUGGAUACCAGACCCAGUCACUGGUUACUACCGGCCAGAGAAUGCUGGGGGCGAAACCGACGUGGCUGAGCUUCGGGAGAUGGCGUUGAACAAGACUAAGCAACACUAG